CUUCUGGAUGUGUUUUACCCUGAAAUCAGAGCCAGCCCAAGGUGUUCUCCGCCGGGCUGGACAUCUUGGACAUGUACGGGAAGAGUCCAGAGCACUGUGCGGAGUUCUGGAAAGCUGUGCAAGAGAUGUGGCUCAAGUUCUAUGGCUCCGACAUGAUCACUAUAGCAGCAGUCAAUGGCUCCAGUCCUGCAGGAGGCUGCCUGCUGUCGAUGACAUGUGACUACAGAAUAAUGGCGGAUAACCCUCGUUACAGCAUCGGUCUCAAUGAGACCAAGCUCGGCAUUGUAGCACCUUUUUGGUUUAAGGACACUAUGGUAAACACAGUCGGACAUCGGACCACAGAGAUGGCCCUACAGCUGGGGCUGCUCUACAGCCCUGCAGAGGCCUUGAAGAUAGGAUUGGUGGACCAGUUGGUGCGUGAAGACCAGGUCCUCACUACAGCCACCGAGACCAUGACCAAGUGGUUGGCUAUCCCAGAUCACGCCAGACAGCUCACAAAGUCCAUGAUGAGGAAGCCAACCAUAGACAAGCUGACGUCCAACAGAGAGGCUGAUGUCAAUAACUUUGUCAAGUUCAUCACCAAGGACUCUAUUCAGAAGUCUCUGGGGAUGUAUCUGGAGAUGCUUAAGAGAAGAAAGGCUUAGAGAGGGAAACAUGUUUGCACACUAGAGGGACUCUGUAGCACCAGUUAAAGAUGUGAUCUGACAUUAAGCAGUGAGCAGUCUGCAUGUUUGGGGGAUUAAACACAGCAUUUACACCUCAAGGGUUUAACAAAAAUACACGAGGUUAGGGUGUGACUUUGUUUUUGUUUAAAGAACCGUGCACUCAGGCAGCCUGCCGAGCCUUCAUCACUCAGCAUCACCUGCAGUAUGUUUACGUAAGCAAACUGCUAAAUGUUGCAGAAGAGUCUCAGUCACAAAAGUUGCACAUAUGAAGAACUAACAGCAAAUCUGACCUUUGGUGCAUCUAAACGUGGCAAAGAUUUUGUCAUCUGUAACAAAUGUUCGGUUUUUACUGUGAAAUAUCAGGAUAAAUGGCUGGAUUCAUACAUUAAAUGGAUUAAAACGUGUGGUUCUCAUUA